UAGUGACUCUCGGCCACCGUCACCAGCCAUUGUGAAGACCUUUUGUUCCCUCAGUCUCUCGGCCCUCCUUCCGACCGAUUUCAAGCCACCUUGUGUAUGGCCUACUCUGACUUCCUGACUUUGUUGUUUGCGGUUGGCGUUUGGUGUACUGCUUACAUUGCUGCUGCAGUUAUUGAAUCUCUUCGAAUCUUCAACUCUCUCUGCCUGUUUUGACUUGGUUAGUGAAGUUCCUUGAAAGGAUACCAUGGGCUAUGCUCAACUCGUGAUUGGCCCUGCGGGCAGUGGAAAGUCGACUUACUGUUCUAGUCUUUACAAACAUUGUGAAGCUGUUGGGAGGACAAUACAUAUCGUGAACCUUGAUCCCGCAGCAGAAAAUUUUGAUUACCCUGUGGCCAUAGAUAUUCGGGAGCUUAUUUCCUUGGAGGAUGUGAUGGAGGAACUUGGUCUAGGUCCCAAUGGUGGUCUUGUAUACUGCAUGGAACAUCUGGAAAAUAAUUUGGAUGAUUGGUUGACAGAAGAACUGGAUAAUUACUUGGAUGAUGACUACAUCGUUUUCGACUGUCCAGGCCAGAUUGAACUUUUUUCGCAUGUCCCAGUGCUUCGGAACUUUGUGGAGCAUCUAAAAAGUAAAAACUUCAAUGUUUGUGCAGUAUAUUUGCUUGAUUCACAGUUUAUGACAGAUGUCACUAAGUUUAUCAGUGGGUGCAUGGCAUCUCUUUCUGCAAUGGUCCAGCUUGAGCUGCCCCAUGUCAAUAUCCUCUCCAAAAUGGACCUUGUCUCGAACAAAAGGGAUAUUGAAGAUUUUUUGAAUCCCGAGCCGCAAGCUUUGCUGUCAGAACUAAAUCAACGAAUGGCCCCUCAAUUUGCAAAGCUAAAUAAAUCUUUGAUUGAACUGGUUGAUGACUAUAGCAUGGUGAGUUUUCUUCCACUUGACUUGAGGAAGGAGAGCAGUAUACGAUACGUGUUGGCUCAAAUUGACACGGCCAUACAAUUUGGAGAAGAUGCGGAUGUGAAGGUCAAGGACUUCGAUCCAGAGGAUGAUGACUAGACCCGUUUGUUUCUUUUAACUGUUUGAGAUUUGAGGUAUGUCAUGUUGCAGGCAUUUGGUGUUGCACUUUGCAUGAAGUAGAAAUGAUGAAUCAUGCAAGUAAGUUUUACCAUGUGUAUGAUAAAAACAAAACUUUGGCAACAAAUAUCUUGCAACAAUGAGCUGAGUUGAUGACGUCUGAGUUUUGUGAAAAUGGGAUUUUUCAGAUUUUAUAAAUGAGAUGAAAAUUGGCUGUUAUUGUAGUGGAAAUGUU